AUGAUCACCCGGGCGGUGCCUGCGAUUGCUGGCUCUGGAGACCCUGCCGCCUUCGAUUCGACGCCAGGUCAAGGCCGCGUGCGGCCACCCGAAGACGUUCUACGUCAGGCUCGCGCCACGAGCAUCACUGGAGUUCUGGGCCAGAUCGCAAAUGUAGCUUCGUACGCUUUUGAGAUUCUGCAAGAGCUCAAGGAUGAGACUAUUGAGUCACAGGAUCGGAUGGCGAAGCUGCACCAGCGAGUGGACGUCCUGGCAGAUGUCACCAUCAGCUCGUCGGCCUUGGAGCGUCCUGCGGCUUUUGUCCAAGCUUACGAACGGUGCGAAGGUGUCCCGCCACUCGAGCUGGUACGUCUUAAACGCCUGCACAUUGCCUAA